AUGCAUCCAAGUAUAAUAGCACCCCAGAUCUUAAUAGAGGAAAUCCAAAACAUGCAGAAAUCUAAUAACUUUAAAGCAGUAGAUAGCAUUAAUAUGAAAAAUAUUCAUAAUAUUGAAAAGUCUAUUACCGUAAAAGCGUACAGCACAGAACACACAUUGACAUUUAUUUUAGUAAUACCUUCUGUCGAUGCUAACACAUUUGACCUAAUCCACAUAUAUUCCAUCCCCGAUAAACAAAACCUUACCAUAAUCCCCAAGUCCAAAUACCUAGCACUGGGUAGCGAGGAGUACUCUUACCUGGACGAAAGCUGCAAGAAGAUCACCCAAGACACCCAUCUGUGCACAUCACUCAACACUCAACCCCUGGAUAAAUCUGAAGACUGCAUAAUAUCACUAGUCAAGCACCAGACGGCCAACUGUACACGAGCCAGAAUGAAUCUCAAGCGAGGGUUAGCCCAGAAAAUCGAAGACAAUAAAUGGCUGAUAAUACUAAAGGACGAAGAAAUCCUUAGAAGUCAUUGUGGAUUGAAGACGGAAUAUAAGAAGAUCUCGGGUAUCCAGAUAGCCACCAUAUCAAGUGACUGUCAGCUUGAGAUCCUUAAUAGAACACUGAAAACAAACACAGACGCCAUAACCAUAGAUGAAAUCAUCCCGCUACCAAGUGGAUCACUUAUACCAGAGGAGAGUAUCCACUACAAUCUACAGCUAGAAGAUAUUGCAUUAGACAACAUCCAUGAGUUGAUGGAUCGUGCAGAGGAUAUCCUGUACGAAGACGACCUAGACUGGAGAACCACGAUGGCUACACCCAGCUUCACGACGCUUGGACUCUACUUCAUCCUCACCGGAACCAUAACUUGGAAAUUAUACCAAUGGAGGCAACGCAGACUACAAGCAUCCCGAGAACCAGCAGACACCAGACCCACAGAGCAGAUUCAAUCGGAGAGUACAAGUAGCGAGGACGCUACAGGAAGCUGCGGGACUCGCUUCCAGCUUAGGGAGGGAGGAAUUAAGCAAUCGAUCAGCCCGUACCACCACUAA